AUGGCGGACGAAAAAGAUGAAAAUUUCAGUGAUCAAAAUGUAUCACCAAAGCCCACUGAGAUACAACGGAAUGUUUAUAGUACAGCAUGGCAAGAACGGAGAGCGAAGAUUCGCAGCACUAGCAAGAUCAGUGAAAAAAUACGAGUUUCAAUGCAAAAACUUGAGUUACAAGACGUAAAUCAAAAGCUUGAAGGGCUUCUUAAUGUCAGUACGGCUGUUUCGAAAAGGGCUAUUUAUGCAGGGUUACUUUAUGUUCUCCAUGAGUUAACUUCAACUGACCAAAUAUCAGGAAAGUUAAAAGGUAUUUUGCCGUUCCAAGAAGGAUACGAGCUUUAUUCUAGUGCUUUUGGACCUGAAAUUUUAACUCCGGAUCCCCGAAACUUCAGAGAUAAUCUGUUGUCAGAUGACAUUGGAUUACCGGUUGUAGUAUUUAUGGUUAAAAAUGUAAAUUAUGUAGCCCUUGACCCAGGAUGCAAUGUGAUGCGCUUUCUAGAUCUAUUCAUAAAUUACGAAGCAGAAGAGCUGGUAACCAGGUUUGAUUUGGAUGCAAUAUCACUGAAAACAAUUAUAGAUUCUAUGGAAACCGAAUAUGAUAGGUCUGUAGUCCGUGCUAUUAUUGCUACAAUGUGUACCCGAAGUGAAAUUUACAAUUUGGGUAUCAAGCCUCAAGUUGCCGUAGCAUCCUUGCAAAGAAUUUUAACUGUAUCCAGCGAUGUUCAGAAUGCAUUAACUGCUGGGACGGACAUGGCUGUACUGUCUUUGCAAGAAAAAAUUAGUAAAAAGGAAAGAGAAAUUGAGUAUUUAAAGGAGUCUUAUGAUGCAUUAAGCAAAAUGCGGUCAGACAGUAGACAUCUGGACAGCAUUUCAGAGAAAAUAACAACAUGUAAUGAAAGUUUGACAUCUCUUCAGCAAGUCUUGAACCGCAGCGAUUCUUAUUCAAGGCAGAAAUUUAAUGCAGCAGCAAGAAAAAAAUCUCAGAAUUUGAUAGAACAAAAUAGACUAAGAAAUAGAGCUUCAGGAGCUGGUGCUAAAAGAAAGCUUGAUGAUAUUGAUGAAGAAUUAAUUGCAAAAGCUAUUGAGCAGAAAACAACUGCACAUGGUAGAAGGCACGACAUGGUGCUCUAUUAUCACAAGCGACUGAAAAGGGAUGAUUUAUUGAGUAUUACCAAUUAUCAUCUUUUAGAGCGUGGAAAAGAAAUUAUCAAAUCUGCAACAACCGUAUACAACAGGGGAAAGACAAAAAAACAGAGGUCAUUGCAAUCAAAAAACCAUAUAGGUAAUCUAACUAAAUAGACACCUUAAACCGCAUAUGACACGAAUUUUUCAUCCAUCAUUGUAAUCAUGCUUUCAUUAAUAUUGAAAUGAUAGUUAACCUAAACACUCUUUUAAAUUCUCUAUAUCUCUUCUCAUCCGAUUUUUUAUUUGAAUGAAAUAUUUACAGGAAAAGGUCUAUUCUGCUCGAAAAAACCUCCCAAAACUGGUGACAGUGACAAUGUUCUCACUCAUCAUCAAAGAAAACACGUAGAGCUGUUGAAAGUGCACCUUUUUCCUGCUUGUGAAGAUCAUAAAUGGGCAAUAGCAGUCAGUGCAGAUGACAAAGCCUAUAUUCGCCCUGAAACAUCAGGUUAAAAUUGGAUAUUAUUUUUUUCUUUAUAAAAAGCUACUUGCUAUAUUGAAACCCUUUUGUUCUUUUUUUAUCUUAAUAUAGUUGGAAUGGAUGGAACUAAACAUCAGUUGUUACUGCAACCAACUGCGGAAAGUGGUUUAACAAUACGUGCUCUUCCUGGUCCUCAUCGUCCAAGGCUUCUCGUGCAAACAGACAAAGGUCCUGGCGUAUCAAUAACCAAUUUUGAAGUAAAGUUUCGUGAUGCUGAACUGGCAAGGCUUUUUAAUUUGGACCGGCAGAUGAGGAUUCAUCUGGCCGUUAAUGACCCUUGUCCUGCUGAAAGAACUAACGCGUGUAUAGGUGAGGUUCCCAGCAGAUUUUUUAAUUUACACUGAACAUGAACACAUAAUUCAUAUAUCACGAACAUUUUGUUUUUCGCAGGCGAUGCAGUAUCAGAUGGCGGUCCCCUUCCAUAUAACAGAUUCCAACCUCAUGAAGAUAUCAGUGAAAGUGAUAUGAGGAAAGUAUGAAAAUUAUUGUAAUUUGAAUGGUCAUCUUUAUGCUCAUGCACUGUGAACUAAAUUUUGUCUCUGAAAGUAACUUUUCUAUUUUAUACUAUAAAGCUGUUGCGGUAGAUCGAUAAAUAUGGGGCUUUUUAAAAUAUCGAAUAUUCGAUAUUGCAUGUAGAAAAUAUCGCGGAAUAGGGAUUUACGCUUCAUAAAAGUGUCAAAGAGUGCUUUUUUCUUUUGUACAGUACGUUGGGUUUUUGUAUUAUAAAUAUGUCGUGACGUUUUGUUGAAUAUUUGGUUCAAUAUUUCUUGAAUUUAUAGAUUGGAUAAAAUAUCAACAUUAUCGGUAUUUUUUCGAUGACCAUAUUCGGUAUUUUCUUAAUUAAUACUGCAACACCCUAUUUAUAUUUCCCAAUGUUAAGAUGUCGUUAGAAGAGUUUCAAGUUUGUGAAGAACAAGCAGCGGAGAAGAAUGCCUGGCACUGCUGUCAGGACAUUUGUGAUAGGGUUGACGAGUCUCCAGGACCCCAUGGAUACAUGGCAGCUCAUGUGACACCUAGACCAGAUCAGUUGUUAUAUUUCAACCCAAGUUCAUGUGAUAUAUACUGUAUACAAUUUAUAUUUGUAUAUAUUAAGUUGUGAAUUUCUGAUACAAGAACUGGCAGGGUUAUUUAUUUUUAAUAGCUACGAUAUCAAUUUCGUUUAGAAUCCCAAUUCUUCUACAACACUUAUUAUCUACAGCAGUUCCAUACUGCAGGGACAAAAGUUGAAGCUAUACCUGGUCAUUGUUAUUUUAGAAAGGUUGAAAGGUUUCUUGAAACUCAUUAUGAAGAAGGUAACAAUUAUAGAGAAUUUUUAAAAUGUUCCAAUGAUUGCUUAUCUUGUGAUGGUUGGGUAGGACCUACCUUAACGAAAUGCCCAAGACCGUACCCAGAUAAUUCAGCUCUACCAGAGUACCAUUACUUGGCCUAUGAUAAAACGCCACUGGGAGAAAGAGAUAUAGACGACUGGCAGCCAAGAGCGCAGAUUAUCAAACAGUUUGCAGAAAAGAAGUUAGCUUCUUCAGAUCCAGAGAGUGUUUCCGCGUUUGCGGAUAAGUAUAUUGUGAAACCAAAGCUAGUGUUAGAAUAUGUUAAACAUCUGGAAGUUAAAGAAUGGAAAAAAGAGAAAAAGAGAAACGAAACAGCAGAAAACGUUAAAAGAGCAAAAGAGAAGAUGUAUUCUGACUACGCAUGGGAUAACCUGGUUAAAGAUGACAAAGAACUGAAAAGGCUUCGCGUUUGUGAAUUGAACAAGUACCUUGUGCACAAUGGUCUACAGAAGUACUUGAAAAAACGCAAAACUGAUAAAAUCCACAUUCUCCAGCAGCACUGGUUUUCAAAACAUGCGGAGAUGGAGGAAGAAAGUGACAUCGAUGCACAUGCAGAAGAGAAGGAAUAUGAUAUUAGACGGGAAGGAGAGUGUGAUGAAGAGCAUGAUAAUGGUGAUGAUGAUAAUGAUGGUGAUGACGAUGGUAAUGAUGACGAUGGUAAUGAUGAUGGUAAUGAUGGUGAUGAUGAUGAUGAUGAUGAUGAUGAUGAUGAUGAUGACAAGCAAGAGGAAGGAGAUGACAGAGAGGAUAUAUUUAGAGAUAGCGAUGAGGAGGAGAGCGUGGAUAUUGAGCACGACAUUGUGCUUGCAGUGAUUGCUGAGGAAGAUGGUUGGGAAACCAGAGAAGCUGUGUCACGCUCUGGAAGAAAAGUUCAUAAAAGGAAUGAUACAAACUUCUUGUACUUUUAA